AUGGCGAAUAAGCCACAAUUAACAUUUGCUCGGAUUGUAUCCGGAACUAUCGAUACGAACGGUACUGGCAGUGGAAGUGUUACAAUAACGCAAGUCCCUGUCACUACCGCGAUUGCUUCAACUACUUCUACUGCUACUAGUACCAUUACUACUACUGUUGUUGCUGCUGCUACUACUGCUACUGCUACUAUUACUACUACUGCUACUGCUGCUGCUGCUACUGUUACUGAUACUACUACUAUUUCUGAAACGGCAAGCGGUGAAAGCACGGAUGUAAGCAUCAUUGCGAUGGAAUCAGGAAAUCACAUUAGUGGUACUACACUCGCAGAUUUAUAUAGUGUAACCAUGCCAUCUGUCCCGAACUCUUUGGGUAAGAAUAAAGACGGUUUACAUCAACGAUUUGUUGAGGAACGAAAACCGGAUUCGGACGGUAAUGCUCAUGUUCAACAUCCGAUACAGUUUGGACAACACCAGCAAAAUCAGUAUUAUCAACAAGUUCAGCGGCGUAACAAACCGCGUCCCAAAACCGAUCGUUUACGAAAGGAUGACAGCGUGCUAUCAGCAGAUAAGGAAGAAAGUGAAACACAUACGGAUCAACAGCCUGAAGUAGUGUUAGGUCCCGCUCCACUUCCAACGGUAAAUGCCUGGUUCAAACAAUCCACAGCAGAAGUAAAAGAGUCAAAGGAAGGUGGUGGAUUGAAUUCUCAAAUAUCUUCAGUAAAAGAAGAAGCCAAUUCACAGGAAAUAUCACUAUCUUUGAAAACAACGGAGGAUGAUAAGGACAAUGUUAUUAAGUUAGUGGCGCAAGAAACGCUAACAUUCACAAGUGGAAAUAAUUCGAAGAAAAUGGCAAAACCUUCUCACUCGGGUCAAACAAAACAGGGAGAGCAGCUUGACGCCGAAACAACGAAUGUGGAUGACAAAGCUUGGCCAUCACUGAAUGAAGCCGUCAAUGAAGAACUGAAACCGGACAGCGUGAUAAAUAGUGCGAGAGGGAGUAUAAUGAUAUCCAGCCACGAAGUGGUGAAAAUCGCUGAUAGUUCAGAAGCGGUAUGUUAUAGGGAUAUGAAACAAGAUAGAGAUAAAGAAAAUGAAAGUAAUGGAAGUGGAGGAAAAAGUAACAAAAGCGGCAAAACAUGGAAGAAGUUGGACAUUGAUGUGGAUUAUACAGGACGAGAAGGACAAGGAAGACGCGGCAAUAAUGGACCAAAUAGCAAGAGUGAUCAUCCACAAAAAAACAGGAGAGGUCCGAGCUUCGCGAAACAGCAGACAGUAAAAGAACACAGCAACCCAUCUCACGGGAUCAUCACCGAUCCUGCUUCAACGACCGAAAGUGCCUCAAAGAUCGCACAAGCAUUAGCGCCUGCGUCUUUAUUGGGUUGUGCACAACCGUUAUCAUGCAUUGCACCGGCACUGAUAUACAGUCCUGAAUGUGCUACCGUCAGUGAGGAAUACGCUGAGGAAGACUAUUGGUAA